AUGGUGCUGUAGCUCUGCAAGUGGAUAGUUUUGCAAGGGACUGGCUGAGCUGUUUUUCUAUUGGUUGUCGAUGCGAAGCUGCGUGUCAAAGUUCACCACACUCGAGGUUGGCGCGUGAGAAAAAUACAGUUGUGAGGGUAACAAACCUUUUAGUUCAGUGACCACAUGUCUGAAGUAACGUGCUAAUCUGAGUAACAAGCGAGGGUCAGUAAUUGAAAAAGUAUAAUAUAGUUUCAAUAUCGCUACGUUACGGUAAAUGGGGCUUCAACUCGGAGCUCUUUUUUCUUUCGCUGUGAAGGGCGAACGGAGUGGCAACGUUUCCAGCAGAAUAAUUAAGUAACUAAGCGAGCGUUUCUAAUGCACUACGAGCCCCUAACGAAGUGCCUGAGGAGCGGAUCGGCAGGGGCUUUAGUUCGUUGUGCGUCCAAAGAAAACUCCAGCGCUUUGCUUCCAUCAUCAAAGAACCGAAUUGAUGAGCUGCAACUUGCGGUAAAGCGGCAAAGGAAAAGAAAAAGAUCAUGGAGACCGAAAUGGAAUGCGUCUUGUGACAGGUCAAUAUUUCCAAGUUGAUUCUCUGAUCAAUUACUUGGAAACCGACGACAACCCUUUAUAAUCUGAAACGGCUUCUCAAAGGGCUUCCUUCCCCUGAUCUGUCCAAUCACAAUCCCAGUCCACCGGGUGUUUUAACGCAAGUGCUGGAUGGUUCAGAAAAUCUAUGAGUCUACCAAAACUGGCAGAACCGACAGACCGCACAAUCACUGCCACCCUCUGAGAGAGGCUUUAAGCAUUCUCCUCUACCCUCUGAGUUCAGCCUUCGUUCAAGUCUCCUGCAUUCUCCUCGGCUAUCACCAACGCCCUCUGAUUGCAGCCGCCGUUCAGCCCUCCUGCAAUCCCCUUUGCUGUCAACGCUUUACUCCGACUACAGACCUUGGCGUAGAAUUCGUCAUUCACCCCGAUAUUCCUUUCAUCAGUGCAACGAGCGGAGCCGCCAAGAAAGACUGGAGUGGGCGCAGGUGGCUGUGGACCUUCGCCAGUUACUGGUUCGAAUUGUAGAAUCAGAAUCUUCUCUGUACCAUUCCAGACCCGAACUGAGGUUAUAUAUGAUACAUAUGUAUGCUUUUUACAUGGUUCUGACCCAAGAUUAAAGAGUAGGUUUUAUAUUCCUUUUUUCUUUAAAAUAACAUUGACUGCAAUUGUUAUAUUCUGUGUUCAUAACUGCAACCUUUGAUUAAAUUUAGGUCAUGCCUGAAAACGGGUAUCGUGGCAGCAGCAGCAGCAGCAGCACCGACAGCGACCGUGAACAGCCUGGAGGGACUAAAGGUAGGAAAAGACCAUCCGGUGAAAACCUUAAGCUAUUAAACGAGACAUCUGAUAACCUUGAAUAUUCCAUAAAGCCCCCUAAAAUUCCCACACAGUCGCGAUCUCCUCAAAUUUUUCAAGCACCAUCCCCAGUUACACAACCGGUCAACAAUUUUGACAUCAUUAACAGUUCGCUCCAGGUUCUAAAUUCUGAUGAUAAAGCCGUCUUGAACUCUUUGCUAUUGAAUAAUACCUCUUGUGAGGCCAGAACGUCUUCAGAUCCCGGUCCUUUACAACAGCCUAGCACCCUAGACAUGAUUGCAAAAUCCCCACAACCUUCUAUCUCGGGUACAAGUAGACUUCCACUUCAGUACUUAUCUGUUGAUGACUUGACUACGUUGAAUGGCCCAGUAAUACAACCUUCUACCUCAGGUACAAGUGAGGCCCGUCUUCAGCACUCGCCUGUUGAUGACUUAACCGCGUCGGAUAAUUCAGCCUUACAUCCUCAGACCGGAGCUGGAGUGACUAAUCUGUCCGGGGCAAAUUUGAGUGUCGACGUUAACUCUCCACAGCCAUCUACCUCGCAUACGGCGAAUCCUUCAUCUCCAGAACUGGCAGUAAGCUCCCCGCAGCCCUCUACCUCUAGAUUAAAUAAUUGGUCUAUAACUGAGCGUCCAAAAUUUAACAAUAUUGAGAUUAGACACUGUUUCAAUUUUUCAGAGGCCUACAGACUCGAUUCAUUUGCCAAAGUUUUUAAUCAUAUACACGAGACCCUUCAGCAAAUAUUAGACAGUUUUGCGAGCACUUUGAAUCCUAAGGAUCUAGUCCAGCUAGAAUUAAAGGCUGAUUCUCUCAAUCCCAGUGUUUCUUCCCUAACCACCGCUGGUGCACUUUCUGUUGAGGACUUUUUUAACCAAAUUGAAUUACUUCUCCAGAGUCGCGCUACAAUUUUAGCCGAUUCCAGUCUGAUGCUAAUCGUUCAGGUUGUGAGGGCUCCAUCUGGUGGUGGGGGGCCUAGGCGUAAAGCAUGUACCCUUUCCAAUGAUAUAAUCGUGAAAAAGAAACGGAAGCAUCUAUGGAUCUCCUUCAACCCUGAUGAUCAGUGCUGUUUUGCCAGGGGCUUGCUGGCUGUAUUAAACAAUAGGUUCAAAAGCAAUCCGAAAUUGUGUGAACAUGAGGCCCGUCAAUUGCACGUCAGGGCCGGAUUAUCACUGGAUCAGAAAGUAGCGUUUUCAGAUGUUGAAAAAUUUGAGAGUUUAUUGGGUAUUAAAAUUAUCGUCUGGUACCAGGAACCGAACACUAGUGCUCUAUUAAAAUUUGAAGCGUCCCAGGCCAGAAAACCAAAGACGGUGUUCCUGUUUUUGCACAAUGAGCAUUAUUACGGUAUUUUGAAUCUGAAAGGAUUUCUGGGAUUUGAUUAUAUCUGCGAUUUCUGUUACUCGGGAUAUUCUGCCCCGUCACUACGCUGCUGCAAACAUCAGUGUGACGUCUGUUUAUCUCCAGACUGCCGAGGGGGUGACGGUGAGGCUUUUCAGUGUCCCGAUUGCAAUCGUUUUUGCAAAUCAAUGUUUUGCUUCGAACUCCACAAAACGCGGAAAUUUGAUGAAAAGACGUGUCAAUCUGAAAGCAUCUGCGAUGUCCUUAAAGUCAGUGUGAAAGCCGAGUCAAAACCUGACAAGUGUCUCCCCAGAUACUGUCGCGUUUGUAGAGUUGAAAUGAAAGAGUCGGAUGAAAAUCAUCAGUGUUUUAUUCAGAGCUUACCGCAAAGACCGGUCAACGAAAAGUACGUGUUCUAUGAUUUUGAAUGCCGUCAAGAUGGCGGGACUCGCAUCCCAAAUUACAUCCACUGCAUGCAUUGGAGUGGUAAAUCGUGGAGCUGGGCCGGUGAGGACUGCGUAGCAAAGUUCUUUGACAGAUAUCGGUGCCCAAAAUACCAAGAUUACACGUUCAUAGCUCACAAUUCUAAGGGCUAUGACGGCUGUUUCUUAAUGAAAUAUCUCGUGGAGAGCGGUCAAACCCCAUUUGUUACAGCUCAGGGAUGUAAACUAAUGUGCUUUAUAGAAGAAGAUUAUGACUUGAGAUUCAUCGACUCGUUAAACUUCUUACCUAUGAAAUUGAGCAGUAUGCCCAAAGCCAUGGGGUUGCAGGCUCAAAAAGGAUACUUUCCCCAUUUCUUUAACACCACUGAAAAUCAAAAUUACAUCGGUCCGUACCCAGAUCCUAAAUAUUAUGGCAUUCAACACAUGUUGAGCAAGGAAAGAGAGGAAUUUUUGUCUUGGUACGAAUCGAUUAAAAGCAAAACCUUCAACUUUAGAGAAGAAAUGGCUUACUAUUGUAGAAACAACGUUGUUAUUUUGAGAUCAGCUUGCAUGAAAUUUAGAGAAGAAGUGCUCAGGAUCGGUAAUAUUGACCCUUUUCAGUGUAUGACCCUAGCUUCUCUCUGCCUGUCCAUGUACAGACAAAAUUGUAUGCCUAAUAAAUCAAUUGGAAUAAUUCCGAGUGAUAAUUACAAAAGCACCCACAAAGCUUAUUCUACUGCUUCUAUUCAGUGGAUGAUGUUUCUUUCCGAGAAGGAAAAGAUAAACAUUCGGCAUGCCCUGAAUCACGGUGAAGUAAAGAUGGGGUCAUUUUAUCUAGAUGGGUACGCCGAAAUUCAGGGUGUGCCGACAGCCUUUGAGUUUGCUGGUUGCUUUUAUCACGGGUGUCCAAAGUGCUACGAUGCGCAAGCCAAACAUCCUCUCACGGGUACGUCUUAUGCUGAAUCGUUUAAAACGCUUGACGACAAACUGAAGAAAUUGCGUGAAAAAUUUAAUCUGGCGGUAAGAGUGAUUUGGGAGCACGAGUGGGAGCGCAUGAGAAAAGACGACUUGGAGCUUCAGGAUUUUUUAAAGCGAUUUGAGUUUCCUGAACCUAUCAAUCCCCGUGAUGCCCUCUAUGGAGGGCGCACCAACGCUAUCAAAUUAUAUCAUAAGGUUCAAGGCGACGAGCAAAUUCAUUAUUACGAUUUUACAAGUCUGUACCCUUAUGUCAACAAAACAAAGACCUACCCGAUCGGCCACCCGACCUUUGUUUUUGAGGAGUUUGCCGAUCUUAAGCAUUACUUCGGGCUCAUUAAAAUCACUAUGCUAGCCCCCCGCAAAUUGUAUUUUCCGGUCCUCCCUUUAAGAAUUUGCGGUAAAUUGAUGUUCACUCUGUGCCGUACGUGUGCAGAAACCCAGACAUCAACCGGCCUUUGCUGUCACAAUGAUCGGGAGCGCUGUUUAACAGGAACCUGGUGCAGCGUUGAAAUACAAAAGGCCUUAGAUAAGGGGUACAGAGUUUUAAAAAUUCAUGAGAUAUGGCAUUACGACCAGAGCACCACAGAUUUAUUUUCUGAUUACAUAAAAAUUAAUCUGAAAGGCAAACAGGAGGCCUCUGGUUGGCCAUCGUGGGCCCUGGACGAGGCGUCCCGCAAGCGCUAUGUUGAUGACUAUUUCGUAAAAGAAGGCGUAUUAUUGGAAUGCGAUAACAUAGCCGCAAACCCCGCUAAGAGGGAAAUUUCUAAGUUAUUUCUGAAUUCUCUUUGGGGAAAAUUCGGUCAGAAACCUAACCAACUGACCACUACGUUUGUUAAACACACCCAAGAAUUCUUCGAUUACCUGUUCUCGGACGAGUAUCGGGUCUCCUAUUUUGACUUUGUCAGCGACGAAAUUGCUCAAGUGCAGUGGAGGUAUGCGGAUGACGAAUACGUUCUACCCGGCCCAGUCAAUGUGGUGAUAGACGCUUUCACAAUGGCCUAUGCCCGCUUAGAAUUGUACGAAUUGUUGGAUCGUUUAGGACCGAGGGUUCUGUAUCAUGAUACAGAUUCUGUUAUCUGCACAGCAUCGCCCGGACAGUACACGCCACCGCUCGGUGACUAUUUAGGUGAACUCGCCAGUGAACUAGAUCCUGACGACUUCAUAGAAGAAUUUGUUUCUGGGGGUCCGAAAACUUACGCGUUCAAAACGUUCAAAGGCAAGGUCUGUAUGAUGGUUAAGGGCAUUACUCUCAAUCAUGAAACGGCUCGAUCAGUAAAUCUAUACUCGUUAAUGGAUCUAGUGCAUAAUUUUGUAAACUGCGAUCUCUCUAAAGAAAUAACGGUUCAUGGUGCACAGAUUCAUAGGAACAAAAAGAAUCUAACGCUGCAAAAUCAUCCACUCAGGAAAAGAUUCAGAGUGGUGUACAACAAAAGGGUUCUAUUACCCGAUUUCACAACUCUCCCCUAUGGAUACUAAAGAGGGUUUUGAUGUUCUUUAAAAGUCUCUGGGCCGUCCUGUUCAGGCAAAUCGCAUUAUGUGAUAAAGCUCUUGGAACACGCGGACAAUGUGCUUCCUCGCCACCCGGACAAUAUAGUCUGGUUUUAUAGCUGUCAGCAGCCUCUGUAUGAUGAGCUGUUAGUACGAUUUCCAAAAACAACACUUUUGAAGGGGUUACCUUCAUCCUUAAGCGACGAUGAACUACUGCCACCUGACCGAGUUAACUUGGUGAUCGUCGACCAUUGGAUGGAACAGGCGAGCCAUAGCGAAGAGAUAGAGCGGGCCUUCACAAAAUGUACUCAUCACAGGAAUUUGUCCAUCAUUUACUUGAUGUCCAGACAGUUCAAGCUGCUGAAGAAGCAUUAUUGUGCCGUUAAAAAAACUUGCCGAUUAAACUUACCGUUUAAACGAAAGAAAGCCCUUCUAAAUCAGAAAGGAGGGUUUCUCGGAGCUCUAUAAGCGCGGCCAUUCCUUUCAUUACUAGUUUAAUAGGUUUGAGAGUAGAAAUAUGGAAUACACGCGCAAGAUGUACCUGGUCCCUCAACAACAAAUGGCUCAAUUGCUACAGAAAGCCCCGACUUUUAAGCGCUAUGGAAAGUGAACUGGAUAAACAAAUGAAAUUCAUAGUCAAACAUAGUAAUUUGAGCGCCGAUGCAAAAGUAAAACUUUAUUCAACCAUCUUGCAAAGUUGCCUUAACUUUGUGAAAAAAGCGGAUAAAGAAACCUGGGCUCUGACGCUCUUGCUGCCUGCAGAGGGUAAGGGGGAGCUGCUGGGUGAGAUCAAAGACUCUCCUAGUACCUCAGAAGAUCGGGUGUACGACGAGAUUUGGAAAAGUGUGCUGGCUAAAUCAAAGAAAUAUACCGAAAUUAUUUUACAGAAAGUGUUGCACAGCACUAAUAUGACCUACUGGAAUGGCUUGGGAGAGUUUGCGUUUCGUGGAGAGCCAUUAGCCGGUACAAAUAUGUUCGCUCUAAUGCGGAACUUGAGCGCCCGUCACAACAUACCGUCCUAUCGGAGACCUAGGGGGUGGAAAGAAUUUGUCAAGGCCAUGGCCGGUUUGAACAUUCUGGUAUCCUCUGUGCCAAACGCCAACACGAGGGAACUUCUGGCGAGCUUCAUACCUUCUGCCACGGUCGGGAUCGCUGCCACUGCUGCUGCUUCCGAUAUACCUGCUGGCAAGAAAACCAGAUCUCGCAAAAAGAAUGAUUGAACUCCUUAUUGAA